CGCCCUCUCCCCCGCCCCCCGCGCCAGAGGCACCGCCGCCGCCGCAGCCGGGUCCAUGCCCGCUGGAGCCCCCGCCUGCCGCCGCCCGCAGCCCCGGCAUGGACGUUAGGUUUUACCCCUCCGCCCCCACCGCCGUGGGUUCCCUGCCCGGCGCUGACCCCCCCUGCUUGGGGCCGCUGGAUUAUUAUCACUGCAACAAGUUUGAUGGGGAGAACAUGUACAUGGGAAUGAACGACAAUACCCAGGAGUUUCUAUCAGCAAAUCAGACAUACAAUGGUCAGAAUGAGAAUAAUGAGGACUACGAAAUCCCACCCAUAACGCCUCCCAAUCUCCCCGACCCUUCGCUCCUGCACUUGGUGGACCACGAAACUGGAUAUCACUCCCUGUGCCACAGCCUGCCUCCGAACAGCCUGAUACCCGCCUACCCCUACCAGAACAUGGACCUGCCAGCCAUCAUGGUCUCCAACAUGUUGAGUCAGGACGGGCAUCUUCUCUCCAGCCAGCUACCCACGAUCCAGGAGAUGGUGCACUCGGACGCCACGUCCUACGAGUCCAACCGACAAGUGCCCCUGCUCAACCGCCCUGGGAUGCUGGCCGGGCCCAUGAGCGCGCUCAGCCAGUCGCAGCUGAUUUCUCAGAUGGGGAUGCGGAGCGGUGUCACCCACGGCUCCCCUUCGCCCCCAGGAAGUAAGUCUGCUACACCAUCUCCCUCCAGUUCUACUCAGGAAGAGGAGACAGAGUCACAUUAUAAGGUCACUGGAGAGAAAAGACCAUCGACAGACCUGGGCAAAAAGCCCAAAAGCCAAAAGAAGAAGAAAAAGAAGGAUCCCAAUGAGCCCCAGAAGCCUGUGUCAGCUUACGCCCUGUUUUUCAGAGACACGCAAGCCGCUAUCAAAGGGCAAAACCCCAAUGCUACCUUUGGAGACGUAUCGAAAAUUGUUGCAUCAAUGUGGGACAGUUUGGGAGAAGAACAAAAACAAGCAUAUAAGAGGAAAACAGAAGCGGCGAAGAAGGAGUAUCUGAAAGCCCUGGCCGCGUACCGGGCCAGCCUGGUCUCCAAGAGUUCUGCCGACCAGGGGGAGACGAAAAGCGCCCAACCCAACCCACCUUCCAAGAUGAUCCCGCCCAAGCAGCCCAUGUACCCGAUGCCCCCGCAGGCUUCGUCGCCCUACCCCGGCCUGGGCUCCUUCCUGUCCCCGUCGGACCUGCAGAGCUACCGCGGCCACCCCCACCCCAGCCUGCCCCGGACCCUGCCCUCCAAGCCCAUGCUGCCCAGCAUCAGUGCCUCCCCGCCGCCCGCCUUCCAGAUCAGCCCUCCACUCCACCAGCAGCUCUCCUUGCACCACCCGCAGAGCUCCCUCCUCAGCCAGCCCCUCAGCAUGCAGCAGGUCCCCCAGCAGCCCCUCCUGUCCCCCCCCAUGGCACUACAGGUACAGCCCCCCAUGAACUCCUCGCCUCCCGGGCAGCAGGACUUUUCGCAUAUUUCGUCUGAGUUUCAAAACAGCGUUGGACCCCGUUCGCCUGGUGCAUCAAAUCCUCCAGGAAGCACUGAGUGGGACAGCGACUACCCCAGCAGAGAGUGUGGGAUCAACCACUGCAGCAUGCUGCCAAGGGACAAGGCGCUCUACCUCACCUAAGGCUCACCAUCCCUGUUCGGGGAGGCUCAGAUGAAGGACACUUGGGAGGGUCUAUCCUACAGACUACGCGGAGAGGCACCGAGCAAGUCCUACGGACAAGCAGCAACCACUGCACCUCGUCGCUGGCUUCGUUCCCAGGCUCCAAGAGCAGUUUUCUCUGAUUAUUUGUGAACUCUAAAGUCUACUUUCCGUGGAAGCCCAAAACCUCAUAAAUCAUGAAGAACAAAAAUAUAUAUAUAUAAAAAAAAUAAAUAAACACAAAACCAA